AAUGUUUGGAGUAAUCUUCUCAUAUGUUCUUGCGACAAAUUGUGGAAUAAAUGCAUAUUGUUAUCGUGACGAUGAUGAUAUUAUGGUGGAAUUAAUUGGUAAUCAGUUGAGAAGAGACGCAACUGCAGUUGAUACUGUUGAAGUUCAAAAUGAAGAUCAGUGUAUGGAUCAUUGUCUUUAUAAAGGUUACUGUAGUUCUUUCAAUGCCAUCCAGAAAGAUCAUCAGGUCAAAUGCGAACUGUUUAACAUUACCAGUAAUGACAAAAAAUUAUUAAGAAAACAUGUAAAUUCAAGUUACUAUGAAGUUCACUUAACGUGUCAAAACAGUUCAAAUGUUGCGAAUAAAAGUGGCUGUGGAAGCAAUUGUUCGAUAAAACGAGAUUGUGUUGAUUGGCUUCAAGCAGGAUACAGCCACAGUGGUGUGUAUGAAAUCGAUAUCAAUGGAAAAUUGACAAAAGUUUAUUGCGACAUGAAAACAAAAGGUGGAGGUUGGAUUAAAUUUUUUAACAGAUCAAAAGGCUCUGUAUAUUUUAAUAAAUCCUUGGCUGAAUACAUAGCUGGAUUCGGAGAUGUUACCAGAGAGUUUUGGCUUGGUCUUGAGAAUUUGCACCAAUUGACUUCCACUGGUAACUAUAUCACAUCUUUUCAAAAAGAAUCGUUCUCUACACCUUUUGAAGCAAAAGGUCUUACAAUCUCAGCGCAGUAUGAACUAAAAAUUGAUCACUGCAUAUCUGGAUGCAGUAUUUUAGCAAUUUAUGAAAACAAGCCAUUUGGUGUUGGUAUUUGCAAUACAAUUGGGUGGUUGAGUAAUCCUUGUAUUACUGGUGUUAAUUUCAAUGAAAUGCACAGCAUGAUGUUUAAAAAAGUUUAAACAAAAUGACUAAUACUUCAGAGAUUUUGGUAUCCACAAAUCACGGAUACACAUUUAGUGAACAAAACAAUAAAAAGUGUUGCCUUGUAUAUAAAAAUAUAAUUCCAUGAGAGUGUACUUUACGAUUACAAUCAUAUGGAAAAUGCCACAAUUUCCUUUUCAUUUUGCAUUCCUUAGAGUUAAUAUUGAAGACACAAUCGCCAAAAUUGUAUAUUUGCACAUUUAUUAAGCAGUGUUUCUUGUAAUUAGCUUUUUUGUUCUUUUUGAUCAACAAAUAUUAAUUUUUUUUCUUUCUAAUUUUCGUUUCAAUAAAGCUUGACUCCAUAGCUACUUUUGAUGUGCAUUGAACGUAACAAAGCAAUUUUACCUCACCUUGUUUCUGA